AUGGACUCACCAACCGAUCUUCGUCUGAAAGCUUAUCGAUUUGCCGCUUAUUCUGCCGUUGGCUUCUCUCUUACGGCAGCCGUCUCACUUUGUUUGACUCUUCCACUUUUGUACAGUUAUGUUCAAAAUGCUAAAGGACAACUCGAACGUGAAUCACUCUUCUGCAAAAACUCCGUAAAAGAUAUGUGGUCGGAGAUCAACAGUGUUGAGGACGUUGUGAAGAACAGAACUGCAAGACAAGCUUAUUCGGGUGGUGCCGGAACAGCUGGAGGAGCUGGAGGAGGUGGCUAUGCUUCUGGAACUGGAGCGGCAGCUGGUGGAGGCGGUGGAGGUGGAUCUUGCCAAGGAUGCUGCAAUCCCGGACCACCAGGACCAGGAGGAUCGCCUGGAAAGCCUGGAAAGCCUGGAAAGCCAGGAGCACCAGGAGCACCAGGAGCCGCAGGUAAAGGAGCCGGAGCACCAUGCGAAGCCGCAACACCACCGCCUUGCCAACCAUGCCCACCAGGACCACCGGGACCGCCAGGACCUGACGGGCCUCCAGGACCAGCCGGUGGACCAGGAGAACCAGGAGGUUCAGCUUACCCAUCCCCUCCGGGACCACCAGGACCACCGGGACCACCGGCCCCUCCAGGAAACGACGGGCAACCAGGGUCUCCAGGAGAGCCAGGACCGGCUGGAGAAUCGAAUUACGCUGAACCUGCUGGACCAGGACCAGCGGGACCUCCAGGACCUCCAGGACCACCAGGACCAGAUGGAGAUGCCGCGCCACCAGCACCAGGAGAGCCAGGACCAAAGGGACCACCAGGGCCAGGAGGACCACCUGGAGCUGAUGGAAACCCCGGACCACCAGGGCCGCCAGGAAAUCCAGGAGGACCUGGAGAAAAAGGAAUAUGUCCAAAAUAUUGUGCCAUCGAUGGUGGAAUUUUCUUCGAAGACGGAACUCGCCGCCGCUAA